AUCAGUUGAUCUGAAAAGUUUGUGAGUGAAACAUUCAACAUGCGCAUUUUUCUGACUCUUUCGGCUGUCUUGCUGUUCACUUCAGCAAUUCAGGCAAAACCAUUUUUUGGAGUAAUUACUCAAGCUACUGGGAAUAUUCUUAACACCGCUAGUGAAGCCACAAAAGAUGCUGUUAAUGCUGCAACAAACGUGGUUACAACCGUCGGUAAUACAGCAACAAACGUCGCUACAACUGUCGCUGACACAGCAACAGACACAGCUACAACAGUUGUUAAUGAGGGAUCUAAAAUCGUUGACUCUAUAACUAACACACUUAAUGAUCAAUUUGAUCAAAUCAAAAAUGAUCUUGAGGCAGUUGUAGAUGAAACCAAAUCGGAGAUGGAGUCUUCAUUUGACGAUCUGCUCAAGGAAUUGGACGAACUUCUUCAAGCGCUACAGAAUCUCGGAAGCUUAUUUGAUAAUCUUGAUACUGAAAUUCCGGCUGAAACUCCUGCUGAUAAUUCUCAAUCUACAACUACUGGAACUCAGCAAAGUGCUCCAUAAACUUGAAUUUCUUUAUGAAUUUCAGUUAAAAUUUGCCUUCUGGAAAAUUCAAUCGUAAAUACAAACACACGUGUAAUGAUGAAAAAUAAAUAAAAAAAAAUACAAAUUAAAUAAAAGAAAAAA